AUGGCAUCCCUCUCUAGCCUCCUCAAUCCAGCACCCUGGCACAUUAUCAGCUACAGCACGCUCCUAGGCACAACGCUCUACCAAUCCUUCCUCGUCGGGCCCAUCUCCUACACCGCACUCCCACGGCCCCAAUUCUCCACCCUCCAGACUAAAAUCUUCCCACCCUUCUUCGCCGUGCAAACCGUCCUCCCGAUCCUCAUCGCUCUGACCUACCCCGCCUCCUCCGCCGGCGCACAUCUUUCUCCCCUCGGCGCCUCACCUCCCCAGAGUAGCUUCUCCGGUGUCUUUCAAAGUGGCAAUAGGAUGACCGUGCUGGUGCCGAUAGCAGCCAUGUUUCUGACGGGAUUGGCGAAUUUAGUGGUGCUCGGUCCGGCGACGACGAAGGUAAUGAAGGAGAGGAAACAUCAGGAGACGAGGGAUGGGAAGAAAUAUUACGAGAGUGGGGAGCAUAGUAAGGAUAUGCGAGGGCUGAAUAAGCGGUUUGGAAUACUGCACGGCGCGAGUUCCCUCGUGAAUCUAGUGGGAUGCGGGGGAAUGCUCUGGUAUGGAAUCCUGCUGGCGGAGAGGCUGGCGUGA